CCAAACCAACCAAACCCCAUUUACCAACCCAAGCCAACUUAAACCAAAACCAAAAAUUUUCAUAAUCUUUCUUUCCAAUUCAGUUCCGAUAGAACACGAGAAAGAAAGAAAAGAAGAACAAAAAAAUGGUGUUCAACAGCUUGAUGGUGAUGUCCGUCGCCCACGCAUCAGCCGACGCCUGGCAAUGCCUUGCCUGCCUUCCCGAGCGGCUCAGCAGCCAUCAGCUGUUGGAUCUCGUCCUCUGCUUUCCUCUUCAGCAACUGGGUCGUCUCGCUCUUUGCAUAUGGACUUUCCUUUGCCUUCCUCCUCCUGAUACCCUUAAUUCAUAUUCAUACUCAUCUGAUGACUCUGACUCCUCCUCCUCCUCCUCCACCACCGUUGAUUAUGAUGGCUACUACUACCAUUCGCAUUCUGAUUGAUUUCGCUCUUCCUUAACUUUCUAAUUUGUACAGCAUUGGCAUGGAGUCUGGAGUUGCUGGGUUUGAGAUAGAUUGCAUCUCGCUUGGCGUAGUUACACGCUGCUUGGAAGCGAACUAGACGCCAUAAUCGCAGUGCAGCGUUAGGCUUUUUUGCUUGUUAGACUAAGCGUUAUUGCUUGGUUGCGUACGUGGACAACUUCUUUUGGAGUAAGAUUUUAGUUGAGAUCCCACUUCUAUGCGUGCUUUUCCUUCUUUGUGUGCAAGCUUUAAAUUACUCAGAACAUUCUUCGAAUUGAUUGCUCUAUUUCUAGGAUUUUUUUUCGUCUCUAGGACAGUUAAUUUUAAUCCAUGUCUUAUUGACAAACUGCAUUGUACGGAAGCUGAUAAAAUUAA